AUGUGUCCUUACCACGCAAUGGGUUUUGCUUUCCCGGACUGCGAUGUUUCCCUUGUGUCCGUCGUCCUUCCGGAAACGACCACUUGCACCGACCAGUCAGAGUCAUGGCCGGAGCCAGAGCCGGAGCGGAAGGCCAUAAUCAGAUUGCCAGCUGCCGAUCCGAUAGAGCUGCGAAGCCUGCGAUACCUAAGGAGGGGCACCUACGUGCCUGCCUACUACGUACACCUGACUAAGGUAAGGGUAGAUAAUGUCAGGUACGGAUAG